UGGUGCACUGUGUCCCGGAUCACCGAUCAGCGGAAAGAGCCGAUCACUUUGGCUCUGUCAUGUGAUCAGCCGUGUCCAAUCACAGCUGACCGCAUAGGAGAGCCAGUAAUCAGCAUUCCUCAGCAGGGACAUCUAAACUGAUCAUCAGGGUACUGAUGAUCAGUGUAGUCCCAUCAGUGCCACCUGUCAGUGUCCAUCAAUGCCACAUAUCAGUGCCAGUCAGUGCUGCCUAUGAAUGCUGCCAGUCAGUGCUGCCUAUCAAUGCCAGUCAGUACUGCCUUUCAGUGCCCAUCAGUGAUGCCUGUCAAUACCAAUCAGUGCCUCCUCAUCAGUGCCCAUCACUGCAGCCUCAUUAGUGAA